UACAACACUUAGCUUUCGACUAGUCUUCACUGCCAGCUCGUAUUUCUCGCAUUAAAAGGUCAGUAUUCAGUGUACCGUGCCUAAUAGCUUCGUGUGCUUUACUUUCCCAUAUAGGUGUUGUGGAUAUUGCCCACAAGACGAAGAGCAUUGAGUGCCCGUGCCUUCAACAGCUGUGGUAAGAUGCGCGACGGAUCAGAACACCCGUGUCGCGUUUGUCUGGCGGAAGGUGCGCGGAACAUUUUCAAUACCAACACUAUAGACGAUGCAAUGUGCACCUUCGCUUCUAUCAACCACAUUCGCCACAAGCUGCAGUACGUGACGCAGCUCCAGGUAAACGAGGACGAUGGGCUACCGUUCUGGAUCUGCGAGCUGUGCGUCGUGCAGCUGAAUGUGGCCUACCACUUCAAGAUGGUUGCUAGCGAAUCGGACAGCGUACUGCGACGGCGCCUGAAGGACAGGGAAUCACCCUCGAACGUCACUCGCGAUGCAUUCGCGUCGCAGCAAACGCAGUCGAUCAAUCCAGACCAGCCGGCCAUAAAGCAGGAACCAGCGUCUGACAUUGAGCUGGGUCCUGUGACAGUGUGCGAAAACGAUUACGUUUCCCCACCCGAGGAAGCGAGGAAUGAGCUAGUGGUUACACCUAACGAAACGGACAAAAUCUCGGGCAUGGUUUACGUACAGAAAAAUCUGCUCAAUCCAGCCGAGGAUGAAGCCUACCUGAAGAACAUCUUGGAAAAUAAAGUCAUCGCCAUACCGUACGAAGUAAUCAGCGACGGUGGUGCCACCAAAGAUCAGCAAACGUUGAGUACGACCACCCCUACGGUCAACCAAUCGCACAGUCAGGGUGAACCAGUGAAAAAGCUGGGCCAGAAAAAGCGCAAUAGAAGCAGGUUGGAAAAUCAGCAAUCAGUAUCGUCGUCGAAGAAAGUGAAACGCACACCAAAGGAAGGGACAAUGAAAGGGCAGCUAACUCCCGGUACCGGCACCGAAGCUAGUUCUCAGCCGGUGGACGACAAGCACGGCGGCACACCAAACGAAAACGCGAAGCUUCCGUCAAAGGCUGCGCUGCGCCAGCGGCGGCUGCAAAAGGUGCUAGAAAGUUUGCGCAUCGACAUGGUGGACGACAAGCUGGUGAACCGGUACGGCUUGAUGCAGAACAUGCCGCAGGUUAUGCCGCCGCUUGCCCUGCCAAGCAAUCCCAUGAAGCGGCGCAACUCCAUCUGCGUAUCGUCCUUUAGCCAGUGGUUGUAGCGUGAGCAUAUUCUUAACACGAGUACCAAAUAGGUUUUAAGAGCUUUGUUUUGAAGACGCGUCAUGUGUUUUUCGUUGAGUUUAGUGAGAUAGAACUACCUGUUAAUGUAUGCAGCUACGACAUGCAUUCCUAUACCAAUUGGAUGAACUUGUUCGGACGGAAGGUUACACUUAGUCUUAGACCACUCAAAAAGGUACAUUCAGUACGUAGCUGUUUGCACCCGGUUCAUAUAUGUUAUCGAUCGUCUUUUUUUAAACAUUCUUAGAUUAUCACUUUCGGUUAAGCAAAUGGUAGGAUUUCGAAAGCGUCGCAGAUAGCCCUGCAAUCGAUUAGAAAUCUCCACAAACUGAUCUGCACAUUUAGUUACAUUUUUUGCCGUUCCCUUGACAGCAGACUUUUGGGAGCAGAGCAACGUAGCAGCCAUGACCAUGAUAGGGCUGGAGAUGAACAUUUUUAAGCACGGACAAAGGGACACCACGAACAGUGUGUCGAACUGCCGAAAUAAAAGGCU